UGUCACAAAAAAGAAAAUGGCGAAUUAUUUGGUUGCUGAUGGACGGUUGUUCUUUUUUUCUCAUUAAAAAAAUUGUGUUUUUCUCCAAUUUCAGUGAUUAACAAAAACCAAUUUUAAUUCCAAAAUCUAAUUAAAAACAAACAACAAAAACUUAAAAUUCAAUUAUUAAACAAUAACAAUGUCUUUAUUAUAAGAAAUUUAAACAAAAUCUCACGUGAUAAAUCGCCACAAACAACAUCCCCACAAAAAAAAAAAAAAAAAAAAACAAAAAAUCCUUAUUGGCAGAAUUUUUUAUUUUUGCCAUUUUUAAUUUUUUCUGUUCUCCUGUUCGAUUAUUUUGAUUUUAAUAAAAAAUCAAAUAUUUAACAACUAAAUAAAAUGACUAUAAAUCCAAAUGUGAUUGAAUUCAAAGUAAAAAUACAACAAUUUAUUGAUUGUUUCAAAAAAUAAUCACGAGCAAAGGAAACGUAAUUUGAUUUUUUUCUCUUCUAUCGUGGUUUUGUGUGUCUCCCAAUCACCGCCGUCAUCGUCUCCUUCUUCCUCCACGAUUAGGUUAUUUAGAAAGAAGAGUCGAAUAAAAAUGCAUUCCAAAAGAAUAUCAAAUCAAAGACCAUCAACAUUUGCAAUGGUCAACACUUUGAUUCGUUUGUUUGUUGCUGUUUUUGCUCUCCAACAGCUUCCUAAUGUUUUUGGCUAUCCAAGAUCUACAACAACAACAACAGUUACAGCGACAUCAUCAAAUUCUAGUGAAAUAGUAGCAACUCCUCUGUCUGGAGUUAGUUCCACUAUCAGCAAUAAUUUCACUAUCGGCAGCAGUUACAAAAAUAUAUCGUCAACAACAAUAACAAUACAAACAACAACAACAACAAAUGCCCCCACAAGUUUGGUGGUGGUUAUUCCACCAACAAAAUCGAGUGGUGUUCGUGAGAGAUCAGCUGCAAUAACAAUUGCAACAACAACACCCAAAUCCAGAUACACGGCUGAUAGUAACAAUGGAAGCGAACAACCAAUUCAAACGUUGCCAAUGCUCUCCAGUUAUGGCAAGAAGAAAGAUAGAAUCUUAAAAUGCCACUGCGACAUCUGUAAAGAGAGCAACAAUAUCUGUGAAACUGAUGGACUUUGUUUCACUUCAGUUGAACUCAGCAAAGGAACUGUCACUUUUAGUUACAGCAGGUGCCUUCCAAAAAAAUAUGAUCUAGAAAGAGCACCCAUUGAAUGCCUGUCCAAUAAGGAGAAAGAGAAUGUCUAUAGGAUCAAGUGUUGUGAUACAGACUUCUGCAAUCAGGAUGAAAUUUUUAAAAGGGAAUUCAUUGGUAUAGAAGUUAUUCCUGAACCAACCAUAAGCACAUGGCAAUUAGUGUUUGUGAUUUUUGGAGCUACGCUAUUAGCUUGCCUGUCGAUUUUCUUAACUUGGUGCGUUUAUCAAAAACGAAAACGAUCUGCCAGUGGUCGACCAUUUGCCGUUGAAGACUCUGUUUAUGAUCCAAUAUUAAAUGGAACCACAAUUCAGGAUAUUAUUGAGAUGACAACAUCAGGAUCUGGUUCUGCCGGUCUUCCGCUGCUGGUACAGCGUUCAAUAGCCAGACAAAUUCAACUGCAUUGUGUAAUUGGCAAGGGUCGAUUCGGCGAGGUGUGGCGUGGUCGUUGGCGUGGCGAGAAUGUUGCUGUGAAAAUAUUCUCCAGCCGAGAAGAAUGCUCAUGGUUUCGAGAAGCAGAGAUUUAUCAGACUGUUAUGUUAAGACAUAAAAAUAUUUUAGGAUUUAUUGCUGCCGAUAAUAAAGAUAACGGUACAUGGACUCAACUAUGGUUAGUUACAGAUUACCAUGAGAAUGGUUCCCUUUUCGAUUAUCUAACCUCACACACGGUUGAUACCAAAACUAUGCUUGGCAUGGCCUUAUCCAUAGCCACUGGUCUGGCUCACUUACACAUGGAUAUUGUUGGUACACGCGGCAAGCCUGCCAUUGCUCAUCGUGAUUUAAAAUCAAAGAAUAUUUUGGUUAAAACAAAUUUGACUUGUGCUAUUGGCGAUUUGGGAUUAGCCGUUCGACAUGUUGACAAAGAUGAUUCGGUAGAUAUUCCAUCGAAUCAUCGAGUUGGCACCAAGCGAUACAUGGCACCAGAAGUGCUAGACGAUAGUAUUAAUUCGCAACAUUUCGACUCGUUCAAACGUGCCGAUGUGUAUGCCUUUGGACUGAUACUGUGGGAAGUAGGCAGACGAUGUAAUAUCGGUAUGAUAUAUGAUGAAUAUCAAUUGCCGUAUUAUGAUGUUGUUCAACCAGAUCCCAGCAUCGAUGAAAUGAAAAAAGUUGUUUGUACGGAUAAAAUGCGUCCAAACAUUCCAAAUCGAUGGCAUGCAUCCGAAGUGCUACACAGCAUGGCAAAAGUAAUGAAAGAAUGCUGGUAUCCAAAUCCAGCGGCGCGUCUAACAGCGUUACGAAUUAAGAAAACACUCGCAAAUAUAAGUGCCGAGGAGAAAGUUUAAAACUUUCAUCAUUCAGGUAUAUAAUUUUUUUUAUUAAAAAGAAACAAAACAAAAUGUAAAUGGAUUGUACAUAUAUUAAUAUUAAAAAAAAAAACACAUAAAAUUCUAUUCUUAAGAAAAAAUUGAGAGAGCAUUAUGAAAGAAAGAAAAAAAAAAACAUACAUAUAAUUGUGUAAAAAUUCUACACACACACACACACAUUUAUAAUUAUUAUACAUGAGUGUAAUUUUUAAAAAUUAAUUUAUUUAGAUCUUAAAGAUUUAAAACAAAAAAAAAAUAUUUAUAUACACAAAAAAAAAAAAUAUGCAUAAUUUUAUAAUAAUAUAUUAUAUACAUAGUUUUUAGUUACUUAAGCAGAGUAAACAUAGCAUCCUGAACUAUUUGACUUUUAAGUAGAUUGUAAGUUUUUUUUAAUUUUUAAUUUGAAAUUUAAUUUAAGACCAAAACAUAAAAUAUGAUAAACAAAAAACAAAUUAUCCUUUAUCCUUUGUAAAAAAAAAUAAAUGCAAAAUAUCUUGUAUUUCUUUUUAACAAGAAAUUUAAUAUAAUUCUUUUGUAUCUUGUAUCUACACUAUCCUUUUUUAAUAACUAAUUUUAUAGAAUUUUUUUUAUUUUAAAGAAUUCAAUUUCCCACUCAGGUCUAUGAAGUAAAAAAAAAAAACAAAAAUAUAUAUAACAUAAUAUAAACCUUAUAAUAAUAAUUAAUCCUUUCUUAUUUUGUGUAAAUUUUAAAAAUAUUAUAUAUAAAUUCUUUAAAUUUUACUAUAAACUAUGGGGAAUUACAUGACUCACACAAUAAAAUGAAUGUUAAGCUCAAACUUUGUAGUUAGUGAGACUAUUGAGCUUAGCAUACGAUAAAAACAUAGAUUGGCUUACGGUACAGAAAAAGUUGUCAAAUUUUCAAAGGUCACAUUAGACCAUUAUAAUUCUCAGACAAAACAGAUAAAAUGAUAAAUAUGUAUUUUCAAACUAAAAGGGCACAAUUGAGGAGCGUUUUUUCAAAACUUAACAAAUGUUUUUUUCAAGUUUUUAGAAGAAGGAUUUUUGUUUCCUAUUUGAAUACAAAACCAAAUUUUCAAAAGUAGAAACGAGGAGUUGUUUUUUGUUGCAAAGCUAAUCGAUAGGGUCAACUUUUAUUUUUAGAUUUGUCCUUAUUUUGAAUAUAAAAACAUCGCGUUUUUUCAAAAUGAAACAAAUCCAGAAGUACACUUUUUUUCUACCCAACAAUAUGCAUACUAUACAUAUGUACCAAUGAAUUACUGAAAUCAAUCAAACCAUAUUAAAACUACAAUAGUAAUAUUUGAUUUAAAAAAAAAGAUAAGUCUUUCCAACAACAGGCAAAAACCUGCAAAUUUAAUUCCAUAUAAUUCUAAUUCAAUACGGCAAUGUCUCUAUUCUUAUAUAACGUUAGCAAUUAAAUGCUUAAGCGACUCGCUACGAAUCGACUAUUCUGUGUGCCUAAACAAAAUAUCAAAUCAAGCAAAGAAAAUUGAUUUAUUAAUUGAAAGUGUCGAAGAAUCUAUUUUGGAAAUUCACCAAAUAACUUUUCUCUUGGUAUACCAAUGAAUUCGAGUAGGAACUGUCACGAAAAGAAUUUUUUCAGAAUGAAUGUUUAAGACAUUUUCUUAGAAAGUGUCCUUAGUGAAAAUAGCAUUAAUGAAACACAGAAUAAAACUUACCUAUACUCAUAUCAUUCCAUUAUUAUUGUUAUAUUUUUCAUUAUUUAACCAUAAAUACCAAAAAAUAAAAACAAAAAAACACACACUGCCAUCUGUCAACAUCUUAUAGUCUUGCCUGACUAAAAAAAAAAAAAAACAAAAAACAUAAAACAUAGAAAACAAAAAAAAACUAAAACAAAACAAAAAAAUAAAAACGGAAACUGCAUCAACAUUAUUCAAGACUUCAUUUCAAUAAAAGACUGAAAAAUUCCUCUUUUUAUUUUUUUCGAUUGUUUAACUAACUAUUAUUUUUAUUGUUUGUUUGUUUUUAGUUUGAACUGUUGAAUUAUUUUAGUUCUUAGCCAUUUGUUUAUUCUAUAAAAAAAUAUUCUUGUCAUUUUAAGUUCUAUGUAGUAUUUCAUUAAUAAGUUCAUACAAAAGUUACAAUGAAAGGAAAAUUUUAGAUAAAUGUAUAUUAAAGCCAUUUGAAAUAGAUUUCUUUUUUUUCCUUUAAAUAUGUAACAUUUUUAACUUUAAUUUUUAUUAAGAUAAUUAAAACAAAAAAACAUCCAAUUACCUCAUCUUCAACAUGCUCGCAUUUCAUACUCAUUCAUUUCACUAUUCAUGUAUUCUCAUUUGCAAUUUUUUUUUUUUUUGUUUAAAAAGUUUUGAGUUUAUUUUCUUUGACUGAAUAACUGUGUCUCAUAAUGCUUCAUUGGGCCAAGAUAGAAUACCUAUAUUGAAAAAUAAAAACCAAACAUUUUGAUAUCAUAACAAAACACUUGUAGACUUGUAAAUUAUUUCAAAUAUUUUAAAUCUUGAAUUCAGUGGUUUUGUAAAUUAAAUAAUGUUGAAAUGAAAUGAAAUCCACAUACGACAUAUAAGUUGUUUUACCUAGGUUUCAACGAAAACCAGAGUCUAGAUAACGUUAAUAAUCUGUACCAACUGCCUUUCUACUCAUGUUAUGAACUUUUUUAAAUGCACUGUGUGCACCAAGAACGUAUUUAAUAGCGCGAGUCGAAAGUUGUACUGAAAUCGAACAAUUUGGGAAACACUUGUAGAAGUAUUUCUUUUAUAAAACUUGAACUAUCGCUUUGUUAUGCAGUCAAAUAAUGUGCCAACAUCAUUUUUAAAACAAUAAAUCGCUUAUAAAAGCCCCAAAAAAAUUGAUUCGCCAACAUUUUUCUAGCCAUUCUCAGGUCAUGAUACGCCUAAAUCUAUGUCUAUCCAUAGAGUCGACUUAAUUUUUUUUUUUGUUCCCUCAGACUUGGGUUGAUUCUUCAAAAAGGUCGUAAAAAAUGAAACGAUUCUCUUUAUUUUUUAAUCUGCAUAAAACUAGAGGACAUAUCGUUGCCCGUUCGGUAGUAUUGGAACCCUUAAGAGGAAAUUGUUUCCAAGAAAUCACUAAACUUAGCUAUACGAGACACUUUAAAGUAAGCUGCAAUAACGAUCUCCACCAUGACAGAGAUGGAUUGGAAUGAUCCAAAUUAAGAUUUAAAAAGUUUUAUUAUGCGAAUCAUUGAAAUCCUUGUAAAUUAAAAAAAAAAUAUCUAAAAACAACUUUUGUUUAAAUUAAUGUAGAAAUGAAAUAAGGUUAAAAUUCUCAUCAUUCGUACCCGUUUUUAUUUUGUAACAAUGUCAAUCAACAAAUCCCCUGGUGUUUAAUAUCAUUUGCAUUUAAAAUAUUUCCUUAUUAGGUCUUAAAAAAUAUAUUAACAUAAUUAUAUAUGUAUGUAUAUCACAAAUUAAGGGUAACUUUAAACUCCUAUUAACUUGCAAAAAUAAAUUAAAAAAUCCAUUAUAUAUACCUAAAUGAUGAUUAAGUGUGAUUUAUUUAUUUUAUUGUAAAAAUAUUAUAAAAUAAAAUAAAAAGAAGAAUCCUAAUUAUUUCCAAGGAUAAUAAAAAAAAUACAUAAUAAAUUAAACAGAGAAAAUAACAAAAACAAAUAUUUAUAUGCCUACAUAGAUUAUAAUGUAAGUGUUAUUGAAACAAAACAAAAACAAAGUUUAACAAAAUUACAUAUUAUACAGAAAAAAAAAUGAACAGAAUUUAUAAAGAAUACAAAAAGAAAGAUAUGCAAAAUAAGAAAAGAAAUGAAAAAUAAAAAUUAUAAUGUUUCGGAGUUUUGUCUGGACACACCUCCUAUUUUCCUAUAAACUCAUAAUAAUUGCAAAUUAUUAUUAUUAUUAAUUAAAAUAUUAAUAUAUAUAUAUUAAAAUUAAAAAUUAUAUAAAUUAUGUCAUACAUAUUUAAUAUGUUAAAACAAAAAUAAAUUUAAUUACAAACAAAAAAAGAAAGAAAAUUUUUAAAGCAUGCAAGUGUAUUUGUUUUUGUCAAAUAUAAUAUUUCCGUGAUAAGUUUUUUUUUUGUUUGUAGUUUUUAUAAUUACUUUAAGUGAUAAUAAAAACGAAAAUAAAUACAUAUUUCAAUUUUAAAUGAGAUUCACACAAUUUAUCACCUAUUAGUCGUGUAUAAUAAAAUUAUGCUAUGAAUAAGAUAUCGUUUUAUUUUUUAUUUUUUCGUUGUUAAUUAAGUCCAUCAUCCUUAUUGUAGCUUCUGCAUUUUUUUUUUUGUUAGUUAUUUUUUUGUUGUUUAAGUAUGUUAAGAUUCUCUUUUAUAUUAAACAAUAAGAAACAAAAAAAAAAUAUACUAUAGUUUUUAAAUAAGUUAUCGAACGGAAAAAAAUAUGUGAUUUUUUUUAAAAGAAUAAAUUUGCAAGUAGAAAUUAA